UUUUAGUUGUCGAACGGCGGUUGACUCCAAUCCAAUUGGUGGCGCUACUGUAAAACUCGCCACUGGACAACGAGAGCAAAGCAGUUCCUUUUCCCGUGGACGGCAUGGAAAGGUGGAUGGAGAGCACUCAAUGAGUGACAAAACAUCUCCGCUUACAGUGCUGAAUCUGUGGUGCAGAAAAGGCUGUCUGGGAUAUCUUGUGGUUUAUCUUGAGCAUAAGAACAUAUAGAGGCAAUCACAUCAAAACCUUCCUCAUGGCAAAUAAGGACAUUGCAGCAGUGGGGUCAAUACUUGUCAACCCCAAGCAGGACUUGACAACACGUUUUAGAGCACUUUUUACUCUGCGUAAUCUUGGUGGACAAGAGGCCAUUAAAUGGAUCAGUGAGGCUUUUGUAGAUGAAUCUGCACUUCUGAAGCAUGAGCUGGCAUACUGCCUUGGACAAAUGCGGGAUGAGCUAGCCAUUCCUAUUCUAGAGACAGUGCUGAAAGACACUAAUCAAGAGCCAAUGGUCAGACAUGAAGCAGGGGAAGCUUUGGGAGCCAUUGGAAAUCCAAAAGUCCUAGAUUUACUGAAGAAGUAUGCAGAAGAUCCAGUUAUCGAGGUGGCAGAGACGUGUCAACUGGCAGUCCGGAGGCUGGAGUGGCUGAUGAACGGUGGGGAUAAGACAGCAGAGAAAACUGAUGAAAACCCCUACUGCUCUGUGGACCCUGCACCCCCAGCCCCUAGAAAAAGUGUCACAGAACUGAGGACGCAACUCUUGGACGAAAGCCUGCCCCUGUUUGAGCGAUACAGAGCUAUGUUCGCCUUGAGGAACCUUGGGACUGAGGAGGCUGUUCUUGCUUUGGGAGAUGGUCUUCAGUGCAGCAGCGCCUUAUUCCGUCAUGAGAUCGGUUAUGUCUUGGGCCAGAUCCAGCACGAGGCCAGUAUCCCCCAGCUACAGGCUGCUCUGGAAAAGGAGGAUGAGAACCCCAUGGUCAGGCAUGAGUGUGCCGAAGCACUGGGCUCCAUUGGGAAGGAGGCAUGCUUAAAGAUCUUGGAGCGCUACAGGAAAGACCAGGAGCGGGUGGUGAAGGAGAGCUGUGAGGUAGCACUGGACAUGCUGGAGUAUGAGAACAGCUCACAGUUCCAAUACGCAGAUGUACUUCUUAGACUGCAGGGCACCCAGUGAAAACUUUGACAGACAUUUCCCAGAACAUGUUACUGUUCCACGACAGGCUCAUGUAUAAAACUUGAAUGAAGACUGAGACAGUAAAUCACUGCUUGUUUUUGUUAAAAUUCUGUCAUUUAAAUUCUGACGUUAUUCCAAACAUGCAUGACUUUCUUUGUGGAACACAAUGUUAGUCUCAUUCUAACAUUCUGCCUUACAUCUUGUUUUGUGUAACAUAGUAAGUUAUAUGGUUUUGGAACAACAUAAGGGUGAGUAAAUUAAUUGUAUUUCUGGGUGAGCUAUUCACUAUAAUCAGUACUUUCAGAUAAAUCUGAACAUUUCCUCCUUUUAAAAUCCAGUAUGAAGAAGAUCUGUACAGAAUAAAUGCAUUUCUUUGGCCACAUAACCGACUGUCUUGUUCUCUUGAACUGUAAGUCCUUACACAUGCAGAUUCUGCUUCAUAAACAUUUAAGUGACCUCACUAAUUAAGUUUA